AAUGCAAAUGUCUUCAAUGAAUUAAAUGCCUAUGAUGGGAUCUUAAGUUAUGGGACAAUUACCAGGAUAAAUGAUUGGGCCUAUGCCAGGAUAGAUGAUGAUUUAAAUGCCUCAAUAAUUAAGUAAUUAAAUUUAAGGAUAAACACCAAGUUAAAAUAUUUAGUUGAUUUCUGCACAUCCAAGUUAGAUGUAAUAAGUUUUAUUACCUUUAAAUUAAUAAAUACCAGAGUAAUUCCAAAAUUUAGUAUAAUAUUAAAGUCCGAACAUUCAAAAUAAUUAACAAUUAAAGCAGCAUUAGGUUGAACAGAGUUAGUUGAAUUAGAUGUAAAUGCAAUAAGUCCCCCUUGCGGGAAUGGGCUAAUAAUAUAUUCCCUUCAUGUAUCAUAUAAUAAAAAUUUAUUAGGUACCAUCCAUAAGUUCUUUAUCCAUAAUAACAGUUAUAAUAGAUGAAUCAGUAAGGUUCUCAACCUAUUGCGAAGGAUAUGUUUUAGUAGACAUCCUAAUAAUAGAUGAUUCAAAUGAAUAAUUCCUUGCCUAUGAUGCAUUAGUUUGGUGAUCAAUAUUUUCAGUUUAUGAAUAUGAACUAAAGUAAUUAGUAGAUGUAGCAAAAUUACUCUCAUGUUAAGCAAGAGAUGGAGGAUUAAAAAUAAAAAAAAAAUAAAUGA